AUGGAAGGAGACGCCAACAACGUCAAGCUUGCAGGAUCAGUUCAUAUUCCGAAUCCCCCUCCUGCCACGAAGGCUGAGGGUGAAACCAGCGUCUUUGGUGCGGAGAAAUAUUUCAGCAUGAUGCUGGAAGAUGACGGUCCACGACUUGUGGGCUAUGACACAAGCAAAUUCGGGCAGAAGAAGAAAGAAAAUAGUGGUGGUCAGCAGCACAAGCAACCAACGAGCAGGCCAGGAACUCCUAGUACUUGUUCUGAAGCGAGUUGGAACAGCAAAAGCGGCUUCUUAUCUUCGAUGAGAACCCCGUCUCAGAGCAAGAAGAAAAAGGUAAAUCGAAAAAUCAAUAUCUUUUCGAGUUUUAGCUGCAAUGGAUCUUGCUCAGAUAAGAAAUCCAUAUCUGUUCAUGAGAUGAAUGCCAGUCAUGGAGGUCGCGGCGAUAAAGAUUUUAAGAAGCAAAACGUUGGGAAUAUUGAUCACAAUCCUGCUAAGCAGCCUCAACCAAGAUUUAAGGCAAGAGAUGAGGUGUACUACUCCAGCUUUGAAAGGUCAAACAAGGAAGAGCAUAUCGCAUUGGCAAUUUGA